AUGUCACUCACUACGCGCCUCCCAUUCCUCUUCCUCGCCCUUAUCGCCCUCACAAUCUCAGCCCUAGCCGCCGACAGCAUCCUCCCCACAGCAGCCUCCAGUAAAUUCCCGCAAUGCGGUCUGACUUGCACCACCCUGACGGGCGCGCAGACUUCCUGCGAAUCAGGCGAAGCCUCAUCCUGGACCUCAUGCUUCUGCCAGUCAUCCCUGCUCACCGGCCUCAAAUCCUCCGGCAGCAUCUGCUCCACCUGCAGCGCCGCAGACCAAGCCACCCUCUCAACCUGGUACAAUAACUACUGCAACUCCGGCGGCAUGGAUACAUCUGGCACCGAAACCACCACAACAACAACCACGGCCUCAGCCGUCGCAGCCUCUACAUCUGCUUCCAGCUCCAGCGCAACAAAAUCCGCCUCCACCACAGAGGAGAAGAAGUCAUGGUGGAGUUCCCACUACCGAUGGGUCAUCAUGCUCAUUGUGCUGGUCAUCGGAUUCAGCAUCAUCGCCGUACUCGGCGUAUGGUUCAAGCGUCGCUACGACGCUAAACGGCCAAAUCUCUACCACGGCGGUAGCAGCAGCUUGCUGAGCACAGCUUCCCCGCCCGCUCCGCGCGAUGCUGCCUGGGGCGCGAAGCCGGUGCCUGGUCAGACCACAGGCCCUGCUCCUGCCUCCCUGGCUAGUAGCUCGCGCUCUACGAUGGCGAAGACUAGUACUCCUGUUCCCGGGGCUCGGACGCGAUUGACGAAGAUCGAGCAGGGCUCUGGGGAUCUGGAGAUUCGGCAGGUUUAG